AUGUCGAGUAGCAGCUACAGGGGCUCCUUAUCGCCGACCCUAGACCCCUCAUCCAAGGCGAGUCGGCUCUUAUCAGCCCCACACUCUCAAUUGCCGCAGCGACAUCCAUCACAUGAAGACUCUGCAAACUUUCCGGGACGAAACGGGCAGUCUCACAAGGUGACUGAAGCCUCUUCAUCAAGCCGGAAGAGGAGAAGACGCAUCAAAGACGAGGUUGAGGAAGAAGGCGCGAUGCCUCAACAAGCUGCCGCCAAAGCACGGUCCGCGAACGCGUCAGUCACACCUGAACUUGCCCUUCACCCCACCAAACUCCACCGCUGUGACGUGUUUGCCAUGGGGGAGUUUGCCACGCUGACUGCCGGAUUAGAUGCAACACGUGCCGACGACGCAAGAUACGUCUCGGAACUAAGAGCCACAUUGACCCGAUAUGAGGACCAAAUAAAGAAGCUCGCCAAGCAACCACGAUCACAACCUUCGUCACAGGUCAGGGGCGUCUCGACUGGGACAUCAAAUCCAAGUCCACCAGGGAUUGCGCCAUUUGAGCCGACCGGUGAAGUACCGCCUCCGAGUUAUGAACGCGCCCCAGGCCCGCUCUUUGAGCAACGCUUGCGGAGUCUCUUCCAUGAGAACAAUGGCAAAGAUCCAGACUCCCCGGAGAAGGAUGCUCCGGAACAUCUGGAGAAUGAAGAUCCCCGCGAUCUGCCAUUUACCCCUGAAUGGACCUCAACAAAUGAAUUGAUCAAGGGCAUCCCUCACCAGGCCUUUCCCAAAGAGGCCGAGUCUAAUCGUCUGCUAAAUCUCUUUAAUUCCUAUAUGGGAGUCACGCAACACUUUUUAGACCAGCGGACAUUCACAGACAACAUGACAUUACUGUUCAACAGCCAAGCAUCUCGGGCUCGGCAAAUGGACACCCCGUGGUUCACACUGUACCUGUUGGUCAUGGCCAUGGGUAAGUUGAUGGAGGAAGAUCCGCGGGAGGUCCGAGGGCCUCCUGGAGCGUUCUGGUUUGCCGAGGCGAUGAGGCGGCUGCCGCCUCUUCACAGUAUAAGCGAGUACGGCAUCGUUGGACUGGAGAUCCUGUGCCUGGCGACCACUUACUUGCAGUGGAACGACCGGAAGAAUGAUGCAUACUUCUUUGUGGGAACCACAGUACGGCUUGCCCUGACUCUGGGAUGUAAUUUGCCAUUUUCGGAGCAGAAAUGCCUGCCUUCGGAAAGAGCACACAGAAUGAGGGUGUGGUGGACUGUCUACAUGUUGGACCAACGUAUAUCUGCAGGUCUCGGGCGUCCAGCCUCAGUUGAUGACAGGCACCUUUCUUUCGAUCUCCCUGGGCCUUCGCCAGGAUUCGAUUCCCCAGAGCCGCUCAAUGUCAAUGUCAAGAUUGCCCGCACAACCGGAGAAAUCAUGUCAUCAUUGUACAGUCGAGGCGCACUAUCGCAAGCUGAUCUUGUCAGGAAGAUGAGAAACCUACUUCAAUCACUACACGACAUCGGCGGGUCUAUUCCGGCAGAACUUGCUAUAGACUUCAGCAAUAAGCAGUUUGAGGUCACCAGAGCAGGCGCAUCACUCUAUCUCAGGUUGUUCCAGUCAAUCAUCCUCUGCAUUAGACCGAUUCUGCUCCAAAAGGUCAAAGACAAGGUUCAGAAAACGCAGAAGCAAGCCGUGACCUCGGCGAUCUCUCAACUAUGCCUACUCUGCAACGAAUCGGCUUUGAGAAUCAUCCGAAUUCUCAUGGCCAUGCAAAGACAGGAAGAAAUUGCGCCAUUCGCGUUCUUCGACCUGGAUGCCGCAUUCUCCGCCGCCUUUGUCUUGAUCAUGCGCGGCUUCGCACAUAAGCAAGACAGCCAGAAGCCGCCACCACAAGAACUCUUCCAAGCUAUUGAUUUCUUGGAGUAUCUGUCGUCUGCCGGAAACCAGGCGGCAGCGCAGCGUCUCAAGGAUGUCCGGCAGUUCUCUGCACACGUGUGGGCCAAUGUGGUAGCGUUCGAUAAGGACCAUGACGUGCAGAUGGGAGAAUCCGGGGCGUCCCAUGGGGUACCCCAGGUGGGGAACACACCUGGGGCCGGACUACCGGAGCAGUCAGGACCUUCACCGGCCCAACUGCCUUUGACCACGCCGACGCCUAGCUCCUCGGUGCCGUCUUGGGAAGGGGAGAUGUUUGGGGGUCCUGCAGAUACCUAUGGUUCAGACACGUUGUUCGGUCUGAAUCUAGAUGAGAACUUGGAACAAGCCUUUGGCUUAGAAGCAGCGGAGGGCAUUUACAACAGUUUCAACGAUCCAACUCUCCCGCUGACGGGAGUUGAUCAACUAGAUUGGGCCGAGUUGGAGAAGAUGAUGGCACCUGGCGGCGUCUCCAUCCUUGGCGCCGGCAACGAAGCCUCUCGCCGGAUCCUCACCAAGGAAGCCGUCAACUUUCUCGCAAUUUUGCAUCGCAGUUUCGAGCCUACGCGCAAGCACCUCCUCAAACUCCGCCAACAACGUCAAAUAGACACAGAUAAUGGACGCCUGCCAGACUUCCUCCCCGAAACCAAGCAUAUUCGCGAUGACAAGAACUGGAGGGGCGCUCAGCCGGCGCCUGGAUUGGUUGAUCGCAGGGUUGAAAUCACCGGACCCACGGACCGGAAAAUGGUCGUCAACGCCCUCAACUCUGACGUUUGGGCCUACAUGGCUGAUUUUGAAGACUCCAAUGGUCCCACAUGGGACAAUAUGAUCCAAGGCCAGGCCAACCUGUACGAUGCCAUUCGCCGACAAGUCGACUUUAAGCUUGGCGAGAAGGAGUACAAGCUCAGAACUGAUCGCACCCUUCCGACUUUGAUCGCCCGCACGCGCGGAUGGCACUUGGAUGAGAAGCAUUUCACUGUGGACGGAGAGCCCAUAUCCGGAGCCCUCUUUGAUUUUGGGCUGUACUUUUUCCACAACGCCAAGGAGCUGAUUUCCCGCGGCGCCGGUCCCUAUUUCUACUUGCCCAAGAUGGAGUCGCAUCUCGAGGCAAGGUUAUGGAACGACGUCUUCAACAUGUCACAGGAUUACAUCGGUAUUCCGCGGGGCACGAUCCGCGCCACGGUAUUGAUUGAGACGAUCAGCGCCGUAUUUGAAAUGGACGAGAUCAUCUACGAGCUGAGAGACCAUAGCUCAGGCCUCAACUGCGGCAGAUGGGACUACAUCUUCACCUUUGUCAAGCGCUUCCGCAACCGCCCCGGCUUCAUCCUCCCCGACCGCUCAGACGUCUCCAUGACCGUUCCCUUCAUGGACGCCUACGUUAAGCUUCUCAUCAGCACGUGUCACGCCCGCGGCGUCCACGCAAUGGGCGGCAUGGCUGCCCUCAUCCCGCGCAAGGACGACCCGGCCGCGAACGCAAAGGCCAUGGACAGCGUGCGCGCCGACAAGCUCCGCGAGGUAAAGGCGGGACACGACGGUACCUGGGUCGCCCACCCGGCGCUGGCGUCGAUUGCGUCCGAGAUCUUCAACGAGCACAUGCCGACCGCAAACCAGAUCUUCAAGCGGCCCGAGGCGAACGUCACCCGCGACGAUUUGAUCAACUCUGUUGUACCCGGAAAGAUUACCGAUGAGGGUGUGAGGAAGAACUUGCACAUUACUUUGGCUUAUAUGGAAGGCUGGCUUCGCGGUGUGGGCUGCAGUGCCAUCAACUACCUCAUGGAGGAUGCCGCCACGGCCGAGGUGUCUCGCUCACAAUUGUGGUACUGGGUGCACCACGGCGUCAGCACCGCCGAAGGCACAAAACUCGACAAGACAACGGUGCUCGGCGUCCUCGACGACGUCACUAAAGAACUGCUCAAGUCUGCACCGGCGAAUAACAAGUUCGAGUUGGCGGCCAAGUACCUGCGGCCACAAGUCACGGGCGAAGACUACGCCGACUUCCUUACAACGCUACUCUAUGACGAGAUCACUUCAGUCGGGCCAUCAUGGAAACUUUGA